AUGGCUUUUGCAGAAGAAGUGGCUAUCUUUGCUGAGACUAGCUUGGGAACUCGAAUCGUCAUGACGGUUCCUCUGAAUAUCACAUCCGCAGAUCUCAAGAGGAACACCAUCAAAGGAUUUAUCAAUGCGAAAUGUGUUUUUUUUGCAGGAAAACUUGAGAAAACACACGCAAGUUGCUUACCUAGCUUUGGGGAGAUACGAGUUAGUGGUCUAAUGGUUAAACGAAAGUCUCAGUUUUAUCACCUUGCCGAGUCUGUGUCUAUAAAGUACAUCUUCCGGGAUAACCAAAAGCCCUGGUUUAUUCACGCAGAAGCUAUACUUGUCAACAGAUGGCAAGAGCCAAGCAUGUCCAACAAGUCCAUUGAAAGAGACGUUGGGCUGAUCAAUGAUCAGAACAAGACAACAAAGAAAUCUCUGCCCAGGAAUCCUGCAUCCUUUGACAACAAGAGAGAGUUUCUUGAUCCUCCCACAUCUGUACCCGAAACCAUAAGAAGAUCUUCAUUGCCAACAGCAAGAGCUACUGAGUCCGAACGUUUGCGCAGCUUCAUACCAAAAACGCCGAAGAGGAAGACUGGAGCGUCUGUGAGUAUAAGUGAAACGAUAAGCAAGAAACUAAUUGUGGCAGCAAACAACAUCAAAAUGCAAGGGAAGUCUCGUAUGUCUUCUUCACUAUCGUCAUCUAUUUUCAGAAGCAAGACUCGCAGAAAGAGAUCUCUAGAUGCUAAGACAGUCACUUCUCUUGCAAAAUUUCUCGUCUUUCAGAUACCUGAUACUGAGGAUUGA